GCUGCCGCCCGAGCGAGUCGAUGAGGACGAGCGAGAGGUAGGACCACGCUGAAGUGCUGGGCGGCUCGCCAUCUUCUUCAGCCUCUCGGCCUUCAUGCAGGAUGCUGUGUUCUGUGCUCUUUUGUGAAUGUCUGUGGCUGAUAACUGCUUAUGCUCAUGAUGAUGACUGGAUUGACCCCACAGACAUGCUUAACUAUGAUGCUGCUUCAGGAACAAUGAGAAGAUCUCAGGUGAAGUAUGGUAUAUCAGAGAAAGAAGAGGUCAGUCCUGACUUAUCACAUGCUGAUGAAUUGUCAGAAUGUUACAGCAGACUUGAUUCUUUAACUCAUAAGAUCGAUGAGUGUGAAAAGCAGAAGACAAAAGACUGUGAAAGUCAAAGCAAUCCUGUUUUUAGGAGAUACUUAAAUAAGAUUUUAAUUGAAACCAGAAAGCUUGGCCUUCCUGAUGAAAACAAAGGUGAUAUGCAUUAUGAUGCCGAGAUUAUCCUUAAAAGACAAACCUUGUUAGAAAUACAAAAGUUUCUCAGUGGAGAGGAUUGGAAGCCAGGAGCCUUGGAUGAUGCACUAAGUGAUAUUUUAAUUAAUUUUAAGUUUCAUAAUUUUGAAACAUGGAAGUGGCAAUUUGAAGAUUCCUUUGGAGUGGAUCUAUAUAAUGUAUUCAUGAUGCUUCUGUGUCUGCUCUGCAUCGUGGUGUUAGUAGCUACUGAGCUGUGGACAUAUGUUCGUUGGUACACCCAGUUGAGACGUGUUUUAUUCAUCAGUUUUCUCAUCAGUUUGGGAUGGAAUUGGAUGUAUUUAUAUAAGCUAGCCUUUGCCCAGCAUCAGGCUGAAGUUGCCAAGAUGGAGCCAUUAAACAAUGUGUGUGCUGAGAACAUGGAUUGGACUGGAAGUCUCCUGGAAUGGCUUAGAAGUUCAUGGACCUAUAAGGAUGACUCAUGCCAAAAAUACUAUGAGCUCUUAUUAGUCAACCCUAUUUUGUUGGUCCCACCAACAAAGGCACUAGCAGUUACAUUCACCAACUUUGUCACGGAGCCAUUGAAGCAUAUUGGAAAAGGAGCUGGUGAAUUUAUUAAAGCACUCAUGAAGGAGAUCCCAGUGUUACUACACAUUCCAGUGCUGAUAAUUAUGGCAUUAGCUGUCCUGAGUUUCUGCUAUGGUGCUGGAAAAUCAGUUAAUAUGCUGAGACAUGUGGGUGGCCCUGAAAGAGAACCACCCCAGGCACUUCAGCCAGGUAAAAGAAGAUGGCAGCAGGAAAUUGAUUAUAGACCCCAUGGUGGAGCAGGUGAUGCAGAUUUCUAUUAUAGGGGCCAGAUUGGCCCCAUUGAACAAGGCCCUAAUGACAAAACAUGUGAGGGUAGAAGAGAUGUUUUGAGAGAGAGAGAUGUUGACUUGAGAUUUCAGACUGGCAACAAGAGCCUUGAAGUGCUUCCGGCAUUUGAUUUACCAGACGCAGAGGCGAGAGAGCAUCCCAAGGUGGUACCCAGUCAUAAAUCACCUAUUUUGGAUACAAAGCCCAAAGAAAUUGGUGGAAUCUCAGGAGAAAGCACACUGACUGAAAGCAGCCAGUCUGCUAAGCCUGUCUCUGGCCAAAAGAUACCAGAGUGUGUGGAAGGUUCCCCUGCAGUGGAAAAGGCCCAGCUCAGGACUGACACCACAGGCGGCCCAGAGGAAGGCAGCACGUCCAGCCCAGCACUGCAGUGAGGGUGUGUGGAAGGGAUCCAGACUGCAGCCCAUGUGGCUAGAGGAACACAGACAUGGACCACAGCUCUGAGGUCAUCUUUGAGUUUUGUAAAGUAUACUCCUCACAGCUAUUUCUUCUUCUCUACAAAUAUUCUGUUAUUUACUACACAGGUGCCAACUUAAACAUCAGUAUUUUUACUCACAAUCAGAAUUAACAAGCACACGUGUAUCUCUGUUUAAUUUCAUGUUUCUUUGAUAUUAAGAUGCAUUAUAAAGUUUUGAAGUGUUAAUUCUCGAACAGGAUCUCAUAGAUGACAUAUGGCAAGCAUUAAUGAUUUUGAAUAAUCAAAGAGGCCAGUUUGAAUUAGGGGACAUUGAAAAAGAAGUUCUGUUGUUUACAGGCAUAUAUAGGAACCAACUCACCAAAGUGUGUGUUGCCUCGUGGAAGUCCUGUGAUACCUACUUUAGUUAACAGAAUUAUUUGUUGUGCACUGGACUCAGAAUAUUUCAAGUGGUAGGUACUCAAAACCAACAUUUAAGGAAAGUCACUGUAGUCAUGCUUACCCUCUUCAGUCACUUCAGCAUUUUAGUGCAGCCACGGAGUCUGCAUCACCAGUGUCAGUCUGCCUCGUGUAGGCUGCCUGCAGAUCAGCCUUCAUCUCUCAACUCUUACCGCUAUUACUGGGCCUGCUUCCUUAUCACCCCCUUUACUUUAUCCUUAGCUAAGACAGAACUGAAGAUUGUCAGGGGAAUUUAGAUUACAUAGCUUGUUAAGUCAGUAAUCUCAGUUUUACAUCCUUUGAGAAUGGCUUUAUUUCCCCAGCAGAUGAAGUACACAGGCUUUAUAAGAACUGUUUUCCUUGCUACUCAGAAUCCCAGCAGUUGUGAUUGUUAGAUAUUACUAUAUCUUAUUUAUAUUACAGUAAACCAUAUUGUCCAAGCCAUAUGAAGUUCUAAUUUUUAGAGAUCUAUACAAAGAGAGGAAUAAAUACCACAAUAAGGAAAACAGAGUAGGAUUUUUUUUUUAACCCUAGACAGGUGAUAUAAUCAACAUUUCAAAUUAGUUAUUCUGAUUUUUAAACUAUUCUUCAUUUUAAACUUUCUAAAAAAGGAAUUUAUAAAUUUUUCACAAGAUCUAACUAGGAAGCACAUAUAUUACACAUAUUCGGGUAUCCUUUAUCUUAACCUUCAUACUACAAUUUAUAUUCAGCUGCUUACUAAAAAUGAUAGCAGUCAGGAAUGGUCUUAAAAUUUUCAUGCAGGCAUUUCUUUCAGAAAAAAAGAUGUAUUUAAAGCAUUUGCUUUUUUUUUUUUUUUUUUUGCAGUACGUGGGCCUCUCACUGUUGUGGCCUCUCUCGUUGCGGAGCACAGGCUCCGUAUGCGCAGGCUCAGCGGCCAUGGCUCACGGGCCCAGCCGCUCUGUGGCAUGUGGGAUCUUCCCGGACCGGGGCACGAACCCGUGUCCCCUGCAUCAGCAGGCGGACUCUCAACUACUGCGCCACCAGGGAAGCCCAGCAUUUGCUUUUUGAUAUGUUUUUUACGUGAAAUGCAGAAAUACCCCCUUUUUGGCUCCCAGAAGCAUCACUUAGAUGCCUGUAACAAUUUAAUUUUAUGUGUUAAUAUUAUUUCCUAGCUUCGUACUGCAAACAGUAUUUCAUCAGAAAGGUAAUUUUCUCCAAGAAAUGCAAAAGGAUUUUAUAUAAAACUUUAUAACAUAGUAGGCAUGUAGGGAUGCCAGCAGUUUGGGAUAGAUUUGUGAACAUCGAUGAAUAUAAAGUAGUCAUCUGGGGGCUAGGCCUGUUCACACUGAUUGUAUGCUCUGAAGGUGCUAAUUAUCCUCUGAGCUGUGAAAUGAAUGCCUCAGUUGAUAGACUGUAACUGUGAGAGUACAGUUAAUGUUGUUUUGCACUUCUGACUGCUUUUUAUCCAAAAAUGAAUCUUUAAAAGAAAAUUUAAGAAAAAGUUCACCUUUGUAUUCUUUCAUUACAGAUAACCAUUUGGGGGUGAAAUCUACUUUGACAGCAGGGCAGCAAGGUACUGCUGUUGAAAGGUGACAGCAAUUCAGGGAAGACUUAUUAAAGCAAAUUGAAUAUAUCAAGGCCAGUUUAUAACUAGAAGAAACAGCCUUGUUUAUUGUCUAGCCAAUAUUUAUCAUUAAAAUCAAGGAUGAUAGUAACGAGCUUUUAGGAAAAUCAGAGUGGGGCAGAUAGCUUUUCAAAAGCAGUUUUUAAGUGGAAUGGAUAACGCUGAAUGUUUACAGGGUCUGAGAACUGCCAUAUACACAAAAUAAACACUUAUUUUUACAUUA